GUAAGUGCAGUCGGAUUCUCAAAGCACUGCGGUCUCUUUUCCUAAAUCCUUUUGAGUUCUCAUAUCCACUGUUCCUUAACCCCGUGACGUUUCACACAGAGAUCAAGGAAUAGUAGAUAGGACCAUUCGACUGCAACCCCAGUCAUGCCAACUAGAAAAGGCUGUGUCCUGAAAUGUGAGGGGAAAUGUCGAUUGUUUGCCUUACCGAAGGCAGAACCACGAAGAAGUCAGUGGUUGAAAUUUAUUUUUAACAAUGUUCCUUCAACGGUUCGAAAUACUGUACUGUGUGCCCGGCAUUUCUCGGACGACAGCUUCACAAACCUUGCACAGGUUGAAGCCAGAUAUGCAAUGCGUCUAGUACUGAAGGGCGAUGCUGUUCCUACUUUGUCUGGACCAGCGGGAGAUUUGGUUGCACAACCUGUCAGCCAAUUUCAAAAGUUACCUAGAAGGAGGGAUGCUGCUUGUCAGACCGACAUUCUACACAAACGUACAGUUCGCACACAGUUGUCUUUGCGUACCUUUAGUAAUCCAUAUCGAAGUACUGCUGUCCAGACUAUAGAUUCCAGCAACUUUGAUGUAUGGACAUCAAAUGUUCUCGAGGCAGCGCCCUCUUUUAUAUCCACCCCUACAGAGAGACCAUCAAAGAGACGUCGUGUGGACCCUGAGGAAGAAGAAGAAGAGGAGGAGGAUGGCAGCUUCUCCGUGGUGGCUUCAGACGGGCUGGAUGAUACCUAUGACCCAGCAGAGUCUGUCACAAAUGAUACAGAAAAAACAGACAUGUUUGGUAAAGAACACAUUCCCUAUAACAUCAAUACAUACAUAGUGUAUGAGACCUGCAUCAUGGAGCUUUUCGAAAUGUGUCCUGUGUGCCAGCGAGUGUGUGAUGUUCAAACCCGAAGGAUGGGUACAUUUCUAUCAGUGGAGCAGCUGUGCCCUCAUUGUCAGUUUUCCAGACUGUGGAAUAGCCAGCCUAUUGUACGGAGUACUCCAGCUGGGAACCUACAGCUUUCCACUUCAGUGUACGUCAAUGGAGAGUCUUUCUUCAAACUUGAAAAGGUCUUGAAAGCAAUAAACCUACAGAUUUUCGAGUACGACACCUUCCUAAGGCAUGCCAAAAUGUUCAUUGAGCCAGCUAUCGUGUCAAACUUUAAGACAUCACAGGAAAUGAUGCUUCGGCGGCUCAGUGAAGAGGACAAGAUUAUACCUGGCGGUGACUUGAGGGCAGACUCUCCUGGCCACUCUGAAAGGUCAGGCAGCCACACCACGAUGGACCUCAAGACCAACAAUGUUGUUGACAUCCCGUUGGUUAAGAGCGAUGAGGUUGGUGGAAGCUGUCAGAUGGAAAAAGAAGGUCUGGAAAGGGGUCUGGCGUUGUUGCAGGAGCAUGGUGUGACUCUGGUUGCCUUGAUGACUUGAUGGCCCUCAUCUUUGAUGAAAACUUUGUGGACCCGGCACCAUUCAAAGAGGAGAUUUUGAAGGUCACCAUCACAGAGGACCUGUGUGCUCAGGACGAACGGCCUGUCAAGGAGGAGGUCAUUGAAAGCUUUGUCACCCAAGUCAAGACAGAGGCUUUCUGAAUCCUGCAUAAAGGUUUUGGGGCUCAGGAAACUGCAGAUCCUGAGUACUACACGGGCAGGAAUGAUGACUGAUCCUGGGUCUCAGGAAGCCCUAGCACCAGCUCACAAAACCCUUUAAGGCUGGAUACUGGUUACGCCUGCAAGAAUUGCUCGGUCAAGCUACAUGUAUUAUUUUCUGGGGACAGUGAACCUUUUUUUGUAGAUGACUAUGACGAAGGUAACUCCUUCACUGAGGACUGACAGCUUCGGGCCUUGUACUAUUGCACAUGUGCUUUUAUUUUUGAAAAGUGUUUCCCUUUCCCAAUGUCUGUUACUCCUGAUUAUGUUCACCUUGUGCCCUGUGUUGUCUCCUCCCCCCCACCUGUGUCUAAUUGCUGAUUGGUGUGUGGGUAUUUAGGCUCUGUUUCCCUGUCUGUGAUGGCUGGGAGUGUGUGUGAGAUCCUUGUGGCUGGUGACUGUGCUCACGGGAACACAAGAUUGAGGCUGUGUCCCGUGCUCGAGUUUAAUAAAUGCCCACACCGGGUUAUAUUUUUGGACGUUCUGCCUCUGCCUCCUUGCUUGGUCGGGCCGCUCAAUUGUCAGCGUCACAAUGACCGAGACAAGUUGUAAAGAGGGACAAAAAAGGUAAAACACUGCAGUUUGAACUUCCAUUUGGAGUUAUGACAAUAAAGGCUUUACAGUUUCUAUAAAA